GCCCUGCAGGUCUCUGGGGUGCUGCUUCCUGGGACCCUGAGUUUAAUGACUUUAAUGGGACUGCCAUUAUCAGCGGGGUCUCCAUGGAAACGACGCGUCACGACAUACAACAGGAGACGCGGGUCGGUAUAAAAGAGGCUUCGGGACGCGGACUGUCAGUGAAGCUUACCAGACUCUGGUCUUUCUGUUGCUCGGGAACCGCGGAGCCAAACCCGGAUGACCCACCAGACUCCUCCGCUGCUGUUGCUGCCUGCACCGGACCCGCUGCACGAAGCUGCACAUCACCUCCACACCUGCACCAGAGAUCCAGACCCAUCCAUCAUGAUGAAACACAGAAGAACUCCAUAUGAGACCAGCUACGAUGAUGGUUCUCAACCUCGUAUUGUCCGUCGUAUCUUCACCAACAGUCGGGAACGUUGGCGGCAGCAGAAUGUCAACGGGGCGUUCGCUGAGCUGCGGCAUCUCAUCCCCACCCACCCACCUGACAGGAAGCUGACCAAGAAUGAGAUCCUGCGCCUCGCCCUCAGGUACAUCAACUUUCUGGACCAGCUGGUAACAGAGCAGAACCUCAGGGUGGCCCCCCAAGGUCGGGCGGGGAGCCUGGAGGAGGAAGAGACACUGUCCCCAAACCCCAGCUGUGAGAAUUCAGUUGACGGAGACUCUGAUGGUCUGGUGGAGGACCAGAGUCAGAUGCAGUACUUCCAGUACAGCUGAGCAGAUCCAGGAACUUUACCAGAGUUGAAAACCCACCUGAUGUGAGUCGGGUCAGAGUGAUGCCAAUGGCACAUGUUGUAAAUCCAGGUUUUGGUGAUUCUUAUUUCAUUCAAAAGACUGUUUGCUCUCAGUCAGCUAAUUCAGAUUCAAACUCAUAUAAAGAGGAAACCUGUGACACUGAGGAAGCUGAAACCUUCAUCAUUUUUUUGUAUUUCUGACAUAAAAUGACUCAAAAUGUUUCAGAAAUGUUUAGCAAACUAUUUGAUUAACUGAAAUGUUUUAUGAAGGAUGGAAGCUAAAGGCUUCAUGCAGCAGACAGAUUAAUUGAGAGAGACUGCCAGAGGUCACACUGCAGAAAUAAAUGCUGGCAAUGGCAUCUGUUUCAGAUUGUUAGUUAAUGCAAAUGUUUAGGGCAAAACUGAAGCUUGUCUUUCAGAGUCACACAUUCACCAUCAAAAAUGGGAAUUCUACCUUUUUAAGAGUUAUAAUGUAUUGUAAUGAUUUUCCAUUGCAUUUAACAAGUAGUCCACACAGAUUUUCACCUAAUUUUUGACUUUCAGAAUUCUGUAAAUGCAGUAUCAAGUGAUUCAAAAAUCUUGUUAGUUUUUGAAGAUGUACAGACAUAUAGAUGAUGAACUCUGUGACAAAAAGGUGAUAAUAGACUGUAGAUCUCUGCCAAGCUGUAUGUUGUGUCUGUUAUGUUUGCAGUCAAGAGUGAAUGAGCUCCAAGCUGCUACAAACAUGCAGAAGCAGCUUUACUGUCCUUUAAAAAACACAUAUUGUUGUUGUGGACUGAGACUGAGAGCAGCAGACAGAGUCAUGUGAUAUUCACAUUUAUCGGCGUAGUCAUUUUUUAAUGAAUUAUUAGACGUGUGUUUAAUGUGUUGUUGUGUUUCAUAUGUUAAUAUGAAGUUCUGCCGUCCAGCAGAAGAGCCAGUAACCAGAUUCAGGUGCUUUCAUGUUAAAGGGACCUUUGGUGCUUUUAUUGUUUUAACUUUGUUUAACUUGCAGGUCUUGUUCUUUGUAGUGCUAGAAACAUGUUUGUUGUUCAUUGAUACUUUUACUUG